AUUAUUGUCGAAUUAAUACAGCAAUUUUAAUGAAAAUUAGUUAAAAUUGCUAUUCUAACACCUGUGAAGUUUUGAACUUAAUAUUACAUGGAGAAAUAAAUCUGUACAAGUGUGAAAAUUGUACUUCAAAAUAAGCAAGCACAAGUUACGCUGAAGUUUUUUCGAAUCGGUUGUGGCUUUGGUUGUUGCUUCCAAAAGGUUAUAGUCGCGGUCUGAAACAUUAAUAACAAACAAUGUCUAACGUUAGCUAUGAUCUGGAUACGUCUGGUGGGCUCAUGCCGCUCAUCAGGGCGUUGAUAAAGCCCCCGGACGAGGAGCCGAAUGCGCAAAAGCCCAAGAAGCCGCAGCACCCGUACUACAAGAGGCCGGGCAAGGGCCACAACCACGACUCUUGCGAUGCGUGCGGGGAGGGCGGCGAUUUGAUCUGCUGCGAUCGGUGUCCCGCGAGCUUCCACCUUGGAUGCUAUGACCCACCGCUGGACGAAAACGACAUCCCGGCAGGCCAGUGGCUGUGCCGUGAGUGCCAUGCCACCGAUGCUGAGAAGCCUGCGAGUGCACGAGGCAGCCGUGCGCACUCACCUGCAGACUCUAAGUCUGACACUGAUAAGAAAACUAGGUCCCUACGCAACAACCGCACAAACUCAGCCAAGAAGAAGAGCAAAGAUGAAGAGGAAGAUGAGAAAAAGAAAGAGGAACCGGAGAAGGAGCUCACUCCUAUGGAGGUGUUGGUGCGAGCCGCUCGCGUCAUGAACCCCAGGCAGUUCCAGCUGCCCAAUGAAAUGAAGAUACCCUUUGUGUUCCCGGGCACGGAGAAAGAGGGGAGCAAGAACGGCAACUCGUCCCUUGUCACAGUGGACGCUUGGGGCUGCGUGCCGCUGCCGGCCAAGCUGUGCUUCGUGUGCCAGCAUACCUGCAAGCUGGCGCCGCUGCUGCAAUGCGACUACUGCCCGCUGCUGUUCCACCAGGACUGCCUAGACCCGCCUCUGACGGCGCUACCUACGGGCCGCUGGAUGUGCCCUAAUCACGUCGAACAGUAUAUUGACUGGAAGCUAGUAAGCUCGAUCUCUGCAACGGAGCGCGUGGCGCUGUGGGAGCAGUUCUCAGGGCCUGUGGACCAGCACGCCAUCCGCACCGACUUCAUCCGCCGCGCGCGCAGCGCACGACCUGCCUUCAGGAUAAAGGUCCCCGUGGGCAUAAAGGGGCGCGUGUUGGUACCAGACAUGGUGCGGUAUCACUACAAGAAUCCGCCGCCGCUGCUGCCUUCCAGAAGAGAAUAUACGCGAUGUGCUAGAGUGCUCCAAAACCUAAAGGACAGCAAAGAGAUCGACUCAGAGGACGAGGAUGAGGACGCUCCAAAGCACAAAAUCUGCCUCAACCUGUCCUGCCCGCAGUACUCGGGCGAGGGCCCGUGUCCCUGCGACGCGCCCGGCCUCAAGCCGGCCUCCGAGCAGGACGCCGCCGACGACCUGAAGGCUAUAUCCGACCCGGAGCCUAAGGUAACAGGACCUGCCUCGACCUGUCCUGCCCGCAGCACUCGGGCGAGGGCCCGUGUCCCUGCGACGCGCCCGGCCUCAAGCCGGCCUCCGAGCAGGACGCCGCCGACGACCUGAAGGCUAUAUCCGACCCGGAG